CCCCUUCAACAAGUGGGCGCACAGUGCCGAGCCCGCUUGUCACGAGCACCCCGCGACUGUCUACCACGACCGAACGUCGACGAAAACAUAUCCCUCGCCGUUGGCUCCGGUUCCCGGGCGUCACAAUCGGUCACCGCUACGAUGUGGUGGUUCAUUAGCGCGUGCUCGAGCGCUAUCUUCCUACUCAGCAUCGUCCUCUCAAUACCCAUCGCCUUUGACGUCGGGGGCCGCGAUGCCGGGCUAGCCUACUCGCUGGCGCUCUUCUUGUUCUACUUCUUCUACAGCAUCGCAAAGCUGUUAACACCAGAAAAGUCGCGCGUACGGUGGUUCUUCAGGAAUCUGGUCGGUCUGUCACAAUGGGUAGUCAUCCCGACGCUGUUGAUUUGGUCGCUGAACCGCUUCUCGGUCGAUGCCGAGAGCACCGGCUGGGUAGCGCGAACGUUCUCCCAAAUUACAUCGACACACCAUAAGACCUGGAAGCAGUGGUUUUUUGGCCAGGAGGGAUUUAUCGAAACGGUGGCACUAGGCGCAUGGGACAACACCCUGAGCUAUUCGAGCCCUGUUUUCCAGCUGCUUGAGGGCUUCUGCAGCCUGCUGGUCAUCCAGGCCGCCGGCCAGAUUACAAGGUGGCUCGUCAACCGCGGGAGGAGUGACACAUGGGUGAUCAUCCUCCUCGUCUUCUCCGGUUCCAUCAUUUCAAGCGCCGUCUAUUUCUUGUGGCGUGUAAUUUCCUUCCCGCAAGUCAGCAACCUGGAUGCCACUCUUAUCGGGGUCGCCAUGACAUCAGCCGCCUUCCUGUGCGCUUUCGGCAUCGCCAGCGGACGCGGAAAUCCCGUAGAAUCCUCCCUGCUAUUCGCCUACGCCGUCCUCUGCGUCUACCAGAUCUUUACCGAUUACCAACCGUCGGCCGAGGCUGCAGCCGCGGCAGAGCAGGCAGCCGCGGCGCAGCCCGACUUCCCGCCGUUACCCCCGAUUAUCAUGGCCUCGUACUCGACACUGAUGCAUAUGCUGAGCAGCCUACCCACGGCCGUGAGCUCAUCAUUCCAGUUCCUCUACGCCGCAUUCCAGACCAUAACGCCCAGCGUCAUCAUCUCGCUAACGUACCGUAUCAUUGUAUUCUAUUGCGCCACGCGGAUCAUACCGGCCGUGAGGGAGUUGGGCGCAACGGCGAUCAUGGAGGAACCGACGCUGGAGGACACGGAGGGGGCGAACCGCCUGAUUGGGUUCCUCAGCUGGUUUUCCCCCUCCAUGCUCAUUGCCGUCUACACUAGCCUUCUUCUGCAGCAUUUCAGCGUCUCCAGUGGCGACGAUGCCGGGUGGACACUGCGGGCGGGCGAUGCCGGUGGCAGCACCUGGCGAUGGGUCAACAUUGCCGCAACCAUGGGGCUGUAUGCUGUCGAGUUGUACCUCGGAGGGGACGGGGACGGAGGAACGCAUUGGAAAACCGACUAGGAAGGGCAUGGAUUCUGCAGAUCCUCGAGCA